AGUUUCAUCAGCUGUUGUACAAGAUGAUACAACACACAGGAAAGACUCAUUUAGACUGCAAUGGGCCUCUAACGACUAUGUGGUUAUUCUUAUUCUGUACAUUUGAAUGUCAAAUAAGGUCAUUCAUUGUAUGUAAAAAUGCUGUUUAAUAUUCUACCAGCAACGUUUAUUUAAAACAAUAGCUCAAGCUGUCAUGGUGAGAAGACAAACUUCCUCACAGUGCUAUUAUUGCUCGAGCAGCUUCCUGUUCAGCGAACACUCACACUUCCUCCACUACAGCAACACUUUGCUUGACUACUUUGACGCUCUCAGACAGAUUGUAGGCUAUAUGUUUAUACAAACCCUGCCACUGAAGAUAGUAUGUUUGGUGUCUGAGACAGUGAAGGGGCCAGAAUGCAGAGCAUCAAGUGUGUGGUGGUAGGAGACGGUGCAGUGGGGAAGACGUGCCUCCUCAUCUCUUACACCACCAACGCCUUCCCCAAGGAGUACAUCCCCACUGUGUUUGACAACUACAGCGCCCAGGUGACUGUGGACAGCAGGACUAUUAGCCUCAACCUGUGGGACACAGCAGGCCAGGAGGAGUACGACCGCCUGCGCACCCUCUCCUACCCCCAGACCAACGUGUUUGUUAUCUGCUUCUCCAUUGCCAGCCCCCCCUCCUUUGAAAAUAUCAAGCACAAGUGGCACCCAGAGGUCACCCACCACUGUCCCAAUACGCCCAUUCUGCUGGUGGGCACCAAGAAGGACCUGCGUAAUGACCCGGAGGUGUUGAAGAAGCUAAAGGAUCAGAACCAGAUGACCAUCACCCAACAGCAGGGCACCGCCCUGGCCAGGCAGAUCCAAGCCAUUAAGUACCUCGAAUGCUCUGCCCUCAACCAAGAUGGAAUCAAAGAAGUGUUCGCUGAGGGUGUGCGAGCCUUUCUCAACCCACAACCUGUCGCCACCAAGAAACACUGUGUGCUAUUAUAAAGGCAGUAUGAAACCCUGUGUGCUAUUGUAAAGGCAGUAUGAAACCCUGUGUGCUAUUAUAAAGGCAGUAGGAAACCAUGUGUGCUAUUGUAAAGGCAGUAGGAAACUCUGUGUGUUAUUGUAAAGGCAGUAGGAAACCAUGUGUGCUAUUGUAAAGGCAGUAGGAAACCCUGUGUGCUAUUGUAAAGGCAGUAGGAAACCCUGUGUGCUAUUAUAAAGGCAGUAGAAACCCUGUGUGCUAUUGUAAAGGCAGUAGGAAACCCUGUGUGCUAUUGUAAAGGCAGUAGGAAACCAUGUGUGCUAUUAUAAAGGCAGUAGAAACCCUGUGUGCUAUUAUAAAGGCAGUAGAAACCCUGUGUGCUAUUGUAAAGGCAGUAGGAAACCCUGUGUCUGUCACGUUCGUCGUAAUAAUGGUUGGACCAAGCUGCAGCGCGAUAUGGUUUCCACAUAAUUUAUUAAAGUGAAAACCCUAUAACAAAACAAAUAAAGACACAAACAACGAAACGUGACCAACGAGAUGCUACGUGCACUAACUCAAAACACAGAAACAUAAACAAUAUCCCAUAUUGUGGAAAGGUGGAAAAAUGCCACAGGUGGAAAAUGCCACUUAAGAAUGAUCCCCAAUUAGAGACAACGAUUACCAGCUGCCUCUAAUUAGGAAUCAUACACAAACACCAACAUAGAAAAUUAAACCUAGAACCCCACAUAUAAAUAAUAAACUAGACUAAAACCCCUAGUCACGCCCUGACCUACUCUACCAUAGAAAAUGCAGGCUUUGUGUGCUAUAAAGACAGUGUGCUAUUAUUAAGGCAGUAUGAAACCCUGUGUGCUAUUGUAAAGGCAGUAGAGAUACUAUCACAGAUGCAUAUCCAAUAGAACAAUAUGAAUUCAUUUAAUGUGUGUAAACCAUUGGAGUUGAUUUUAUUGUGAAAUAUGUUUUUGUUGUACUGCCAUUAACAAACACUGCGAUAUCAAGACUUCAUUAAGAAAAAAGGGGAUCUUUGAGGCAUUGGCUCAAGAUGCAUGCUUCAAAACUGACCCAAUGUUAGGUAGGCGAGAAGGGCCUUGCUCAAACUUUGUCUGUCAGAAUCCUUGCUUUUGUAUAUCCAUUAUUUUGCCCUCUUCCUUUAAAGCAAUUGCCAAACAAAGCCUGAGACUUGAUGGGAGAUACAUUCUCUCAUGUAUCUGUGUUUGAAUAAUUGCCAAAUUUGGACAUGUAUGGCCUUUGCAAAAAAUAAUUAAAUAAUGCACGUGUAAAAAGAUAA